CUGCAUUUCCCAUAAGGCGUCGCGGAGUGCCACGUCAUUAUUCUGCGCAGUGCUGAGGUGGCGUUUGAUUUGAGGCUCUUCGUUGCUGAAAUAUCCAUCAUGACUAAACUCCUGCAGUGGCUGCUCGGGGUCUCGUUACUGGGCGCUGUGUGGGCUCUGGUCGCUUUCGACCCACUGGAACUGAGCCUUCCUCGGACCUACAGGGAGGUGGCCUGGCCCAUUCCGCUCUACCUGCUGGUUUCGUUCGGCUGCUACUCCCUGGCUACGGUGGGCUAUCGGGUGGCCACCUUUAACGACUGCAACGAAGCUGCCAGGGAACUGCAUGAGCAGAUCAAGGAAGCCAAAGAGGACCUGAGGAAGAAGGGGUUAAAGAUGUAGGACAAUUAUAAAGAACUCUUUAGAGACUGAAUGGAGAGACAACUUGCAAAGUGGGACGUUUAUCAAAUCUGUUGCUUUUUGGAUGAUCAUUGGAGCUUCGUUGUAGUCAGCAGGUGCGACCAGAACAUUAAUUUGAAUAAGAUAUCAAAUAUUUCUGGUCAAUAUCACGUUUUUCCUGCUUGACGGUUAUAUUGUGUUGACUGACUGAGAACGUUUGUGUGAGACAUAGACCCAUGAGUUCAAGUUAAAGCUGCAAGCCAGACUUAUUUUGUAAAAUGAAUUCACUUUCAAUAUAAUUUGUCAACUAAACAGCAUGUCCUGGUCACGUUUUGUAGCUACUUUGUUUUAAAUCUUUACAUAAUUAAGAUAAAAGUAUAUUCUCCUAAGACCCUGUCCACAGUCUUCUGAUGACAUCACAUAAGGCACAGGUGUCAAACUCCACUCCUCGAGGGCCGCUGUCCUGCAGUUUUUAGAUGUGCCACAGGUACAAAACACUGGAAUGAAAUGGCUUAAUUACCUCCUCCUUGUGUAGAUCAGUUCUUCUUCUUCUUGUUUUAUGAAGGUUGGCAAACAACUUACAGGUGCAUUACCGCCACCUUCCAGGCUGGAGUAUGGAUCACACGCUUAUACCCUCCCCAUAAUACCCGUUCUUCUUAGAAAUCUAAAAAUACUCUCAAAUAUUAUAUCUCCUGAUGAUUUCUGAAAUAUUUCUUCUAAAUCUAAUUUACAAUUAUUCAACUCAUUAACCAACAUCUCUCUCUCCCUUACAUACUUAUUGCAUUCUAAAAAUACAUGCUGUAUUGUUUCCAUCUCUCCACAAUAUUUACAACAACCUGUACUGUGUUUAUUAAUUAACUUAAGAGUACUAUUUAACCUUGUGUGCCCAAAUCUGAUUCUGGAAAUAAUAUCUUCUUCCCUUCUAUUCCUAUUACCUUUCCUAUACCCCCCAACUCUUUUUUUGAAUUUUAUAAUAAAAUCUCCCUUUUUCUCCUCUAUCCCACUGUUCUUGCCAUUUUUCCUUCAUGUACUCCCUAACAACACUUUUUAUCUCAUUCCUACUUAUUUUAAUAUUUAACUCAACAAUUUCCUUAUUAGAGGCUCUCUUAGCAAAACUAUCUGCCAAUUCAUUUCCUACCACACCGAUGUGAGCAGGAAUCCAAAUUAAUUUAAUCUGAGAUCCUUUCUUCUUAACCCUGAAAAUUAUCUGAACUAUAUCCUCUAUAAUAUCUUGCCUAACUUCCGAUUUCAUUCCUUGUAUACUAAUUAAUGCACUACUAGAAUCUGAACAAAUUGUAGAUCAGUUCUCCAGAGCCUUAAUGACCUAAUUAUUCUGUUCAGGUGUGGUGCAGCAGAGGCACAUCUAAAAGUUGGAGGACACCGGCCCUUGAGGACUGGAGUUUGACACCCCUGACAUAAGGCAUAAAGAAACCAAUCACGGUUCUUUUGAAUAUGCCCGUUUGCAAUUUUUAGAGUUGCGCUAAUUAUUGUUUUCCUGGCCGAUACCAAUUUCAGUGUUUUGUUUUCUCGUUAAAACGUUCAUUGGUUCAUUGGUUAGUUUUUUAUUAAAGAACUAAUACAUAAAAAAGAACAUUCUGGCCUGGUUUUAAAGGCAAACAAGCUAGAUAGUACCUUCAUAUUUUGUGUCGAAGCAUUGGAUUUUUGUUAGACUCAAAAUAACUGUUAAAGCACAUGCUGCUGGGUAGUUAGAAACUACUCAGUUUUAGUUUUUAGUUAUUAGCUAUUAGUUUUAAUAGAUUUAAUGAUUAGGGACCAAUAAUUCUGUGUUGCUUUUGCAAUGUUGUGUAUAUUAUUGCGCAUUUUCUCAAUAUUUUUGGUUGGAUUGUGUUGCUCACAUGCUAAAUACAUCAUCGAACAUUUGCAGUAUGUUAUUAAAAACCUGAUAAAUGGAAACCAAAGGUUACAAAUAAACACUGGAUCUUAUAGGAAUUUCCUGGAUUCUUGUUUCUGUCAGCUCUGAAAUCAUCCAAUUUAAAUUUGGAACUUAGUAGUUCUGUAUUGGUCAAAAGCUGAAUUCUUAUCAGAGCAGAUGAACUUGCAUUUUACCUGUAAAGAAGUGCAUUCCUCUGUUCAGUGUGUGAAAUGAGUCCCUGAGGCGUUGCUGCGAAUUAAUUAAACAGCUGUUUAUUUUCUGA